AAACUAACUCCUCCCCUCUCUGUGAUUGGCUGCUGGGUCUUCAGGUAGAAGAUGAUCAAGAUGUCACUGGACAGCGAGACUGUCCUCCCUAACGAGGUGAGCCCCGCCUUCCCCGCCACCGGCAGCUUGUCAGAGCAGCCAAAACUGGCUAAGACCGGCGCCCUCUGUUCUAACAACGGACUUCAUCCGCCGGGAAACAGUCAGCACGCCGUCACAUCCUCCGCUCCCCACACCCAGCGGAUCGCAAAGAGGCGAUACUCGAUGGGCGUCGGCUUCAAAGGGCUGGCCAAGCGGCGGCGUCGUGCCAACAGUGAUAGCCAAUCGGAGCCUGUGCUGCCCAGUAACUUCCUGUUGGGAGGAAAUAUCUUUGACCCGCUGAACCUCAACUCGCUAUUGGACGAAGACGUCAACAAGGCGACCAAUCAGGAGACACCCAAGUGCUCACCCUUGCCUCUGCGGGGAGAAGACCCUGUAGAGAUCCUGGUUCCCCGUGACAUCACCGACCCCCUGAACCUGAAGGGAGGGGGCAGGGGCGGGAAGGAGGGGGGAGGAGUUCUGCUGUCCCCGCUGAAGAUGAGGAGGAGACACAGGAACAGACACCACGGAGGGGGAGGAGCCGGAGGAGAGAGGGAGGUCGUACCUGCCCGACUGUUCCCCUCCGCUGCAGGACUGACAGUUCCUGCGUUGACCAAAGUGGGCAGUGUUCCAGCCUCUCCACUCCCCUGUGAACUCAACACGGCCAUCACCUGUCGAGACGAACAAGCCCCGCCCCCGAUCCUACCCAGAAGACACACCCACCCUCUGCCGGGCCAGGCCCACAAACAUGGUAACCAGGGCGACAAUCGCCAACGGAGACGGCGGCGCACAACCUCAACGAGGUCAGGAGACUGUUCAGCAAACACUGUUACCAUGGCAGCCCCCGCCAAGCCAACCAAAUUCCAGACACCUCUGGUGGGAGGGGCUAAAGUUGGAAGGUGUGGAGGACUAGAGGCAGACUCUUCUCAGCCACCACAGAAGAAGAAGGACAAACACCGCUAUCAGAACGGCAACCACAGCUGUUACUACGGCUACAACGGUUUCUAUGGCGACAAGCGGGAGGGACGAGUCGGGUUGGAGGAGGACCCACGGCUCCGCCUCCUCCAAGCCGAUUGGUUCAGAGACAAAACGGUGCUGGAUGUGGGUUGUGCUGCGGGUCACGUGACACUGGCUGUAGCUCGCAGAUUUAACCCCGCCCACAUUCUCGGAGUGGAGCUAGACAAACGAUUGGUCAACGCUGCCCAGCAGAAUGUUAGACACUUCCUGUCACAUGACUUGGUGGUGGAGCAGAGGAGGGGGGGCAGAGGGGUGUCAGCUCUGAGGAGCAGGGAGGGAGGAGUGGAGGAGCAGAAGAAGAGAAAGAUGGAGGAGAAGAAGGUUGAGGAGGAGCAGGAGUUGGAGGAGGUGAUUGGAGAGUUCCAGCAGGCCCUCUCUCUCCUCCCCCUUCCCCUCUCCUUCAGGGUGAGUCGUGGUCCUCUCUCUGCUCCCCCCCUCCUCCUCCUCCCGCCUCCCUCCUCCUCCUCCUCCAGGUUCCCCAACAACAUCACCUUCAUCCAGGGCGACUACGUGUCGGAGCGGGAGGCGUGGCCUGGGCGGGGCCAGUAUGAUGUCAUCCUGUGUCUGGGCGUAACAAAGUGGGUGCAGCUGCAGUCAGGUGAUGUGGGCGUGAUCACGCUGUUCAAACGAGCCUAUCAGAGCCUGUCGCCGGGCGGAUUAUUCAUCGUGGAGCCACAACCAUGGAGCAGCUACUGCCGCAGCAAGCGGGCCUCGAGUCGGACGUAUUCUCACUUCAGGACUCUGAGACUCAGACCGGAACACUUCACCUGUUACCUGACCAACAACGUGGGCUUCACCUCCUACAGGCUGCUCACACACACAGGUAACCAGCGGCCGGUCUACCUGUUCCAUAAAGGCCCCGCCCACAGGAAGUGAUGUCAUCAUGGACAGGAUGUAACACUGCCCCGGGUGCUUCUUUUUGUCCUCCCGUUUCCAAGACAACGCGCCCGCGAGCUGACACAAGAAGAGGUGCUGAGUGGUGUAGUCAGGACGAUGCACACCUGUCCCCAGCUGGACGACGCCUCUUUAAGGAUAACCCCAAGCUUGUAGCUGAUUGGCUGAACAGUUCGAUGACGUGACAUCACAGAGGAGAACUAUCACAUCUGAUUGGACGGCAGAGUUUCCGUGAAUGUGAUUUGCAGACAUCAGGCGUGUGGAUGGUCACUUCAUGCCAUGUGACCUCUAGUCCUGGACUCUGAUUGGAGCGUGAACACUGACAGGAAGUGACAUGUCCAUCGGGAUCUUUUCAAAAUAAGAUUCCAUAAUGAGACUUCAUUAAGGGCCUGUGUCCACAGACGGCGCCUUAUGCCCUGGACGCGCCUACGAUCUCCGUUUCAGGGCGCUUCUCACCAGCGCUCAUUGUUGCUAGGUUACUAAAGUGAACUUGUGCUUCCCUCGGUAACGUCCGUUAGUUGUGUUUUUGGAUAUUCGCUUCA